UUAUUAUGAUCCUUUUUUGGCAAUAUAAAGUUACCUUUGACCAAGUAGUUUCGCUUUGAUUAAGUAUAUAGAUGUGAAUAACUUGGAAAAUCCAGUUUUAAACAGAAAAACCAUGAAAGCAUCAUAUAUUUCUUUGCGAACACAUCGCAAUUAACUUCCUUGUUAAAUUUCCAUACUUAGCGAUAGGGGCCAAAUUAUAUUUGAUCACAACAAGUGCUUACUUCUAAACAGCAAUGUCAGCUUCGUUCGUUUCUGUCACCCAUAAUGGAAUAACACGGGAUGUCCGAUGUUCUCGAGGGCAAUACACAGGAACGGAAUAUGCACUUCAAAGGACAUCUCGUACAACUCCAUUUUUGAGACAGGUGGAAUUAUUCAGCGGUGUAAGCUUUCGGAGUCAAGCAAUAAACGAUGACAGAACAAUACAACGAAUAGCGGGUGGUAUUAGAGAUUUACAGGGAUUCAAUGAAGAGGACAGAGAAAACUUCCGCAAACAAAUUAUUUUGACAUCAAUUGAUUUUGAUAGCGGCGAGCUACGAAUUGUAGAAAAAAAUUCGAAAAAUGCCAAUAAAUCAAGAGAUCGAAAGGAAAGAACGGUCAAAGAAUUGUGGGCAAGUGUUGUCGAAGAAGAAGACGGAUUAGAGGACCCAGCGCCGGAAAUCACCGAAUAUCUCGACAUGGCCUAUCCUAGGAGUGAGUCUGCCAAAGAUGGCGAAAAAGAAGAUACAUUGAAAACAAUGAGAAAGACAUUACACUGUCUGGAGGAAAUUGAAGAAAUAAUAAAACAACUACGUGAAAAAGUUAACACGAGUGAAGAAGUUAACAGUGAAGAAUUAAAGGCAGAAAGUAAAAAGCUGUUGGAAGCUAUUCAAUCUUUUAUAAAUUUUAAAAAGGCAAUGCUGGCUAUUAUUGAUGCAAAACAUUUUCCUGUAAUGGAUGUCGAAAAUUUAAAGCACAGUCUUAAACCUAAUAUGAACCUUGAGGAAAUACUAAAAGUAUGGAAAAUCAUUGAAUCUAUGUACAACGAAUCAAAAAUCAAGGCAAUACGUAGAUGGUUAUUAAAAAACGUUGUUUUUAGAUACAUUGUCCUACUGUUCGAUAAUUCAAAGAGUAUGACCAUAAAAAACAAGGACAACACAGCAAUCAAAUUUGCCAAACAGUUCAUUGAGUAUUCAAACCAGGGUACUGAUUCAACGGCAAUCGCGGUCAUCCAUUUUGGGGGUGGUCCAAAUUUAUUGGAAAAAUUAACUUUGCUAGAAAGAUUCGAUGCAACAUCAUUAGACAAAAUAAAAUUCGAAGGUUGUACACCGCUUGCUACCGCUUUGAUUUCUUGCAAAAGAUAUGUAGAAGAGUUUAAGGAGAAGAUCUGUUCUACAUUGAAUCUGGACAACAAUAAUCUUUCGACGAAUACAGAUUGCGUUAUGGUUACAGACAGCCUUCCAACAGAAUUGCACAACGAUUUUUUAAGUGGAAAUGUGUCAAGUCCAAAAGAUGAAUGUCAAAAAUUCUCGAAGACAUACGAAAAAAAGAUGGAAGAAUUAAAGGAAGCAAUUGAUCAAUUCUUGAAAGAUGGCAAGUCGUCAAUGGUCUUCGUUUCAUUGAGCGACAACCCAAAUCAAUUGGACAACAUAUUUCGACCAGAACAUAAGGGUUAUGUGCUGGACAUUGCAUCUAUGGACAAUGCUUAUCCAGUACUGGCCGAUUAUUAUCUACACCAGAAAUAUAUCUCAGAAAUGGAAACCAUACACAAAGUUACAAAACACUACUUGGCACAAGGCAAAAUUAUUCGUGGUGAUGACCAUCCGCGAGCAGAGAUAUAUCAACAGCUAGGUCGAGAAUGGGAAAUAAAUACUGGGACAAACAUCCUAACGUUGUCAGAUCCUGAUAACAAAAUCAUCAAUAUCUAUCUGACAGAGCUAAAGACAUCAAGAUCCAAAGUACUUAAACUCCAUUUAGACGGCAAAUGGAGAAUUUGCAGGAUAAUUCCGAGGACAGAAACUCGGGGAAUAUCAAAUAUUGAAGACACUUCUAAACACGAGGCUUAUGAUAUAAAGAUAACUUCCGACUCUGGCGAGCUUUAUCCUGCAGAAUUGAUUAGAAAGCGAAGGGUGAUUCAAUGACAGUGGUGCUACAGGUGACGAGACUGGGUGCAUAUUGUGCAAUGUGUAUACAGAAGUUUGAAAUUUGUUUAAGUACAAUCAUUAUGUAUAGUUUUUUUUAUAAUACACAUAUUAAGUAACUAUACGUACAAUUAAAAUGGACUGAACAAUAGGCAACAUAGCCUACAUUAGUUUUUUUCAAUGAAAGAUCAAGGGAUAGAUUUAUCAAUUGUAUGUGUUUGCAGUUUAAAUUUCGAAUACCUUUUAUAUUAAUAUCAAAGCCAUUACCGAAUGCAAAAUGCAGUAGUGUGAAAAAAUGAAAUGUAAUAGACUCAGCAUUUUAUAUUUGUACGCUCAGCAAUCGUCUGUGUUCAGUGCACAUGUAUUUUAUGUCACGAGUAGCAUAUAGUGUUACAUUUUGUACAGUCAUUCUAAAAUCACUAAACUUUUUUAUUUAAAAUUUUGAACGCAUUGUUAAAAAAUUAACACAUUUUCUUCAAAGGAUAAGCAACAAUAGCCAAAUAAUACAAACUUAGCAUCUAUUGUUAUUUCAAAAAUCGUUCAUGUAUUCAAUUAAAGAGCUUUUGGCAGAAUUAUAACAAAGACAUUAAAAAAAUGAACACAAACUUCCUGUGAGAAAGCACAUAUAAAACAUUUAACUGAAUCGGUUUAAUUACGAUUAAACAAUCUGUAUUAUGAUUACUCUAGAACUUUUAAAGUUGGCAACGGAAUGGAUGUUUGUCCAUAGUUGUAUAAUUUUGAUUUUAUUUUAUCAAAAAUUUCUGGACUUUUGUUUCUCAUACUUUGCUUAAAAUUUGUCUCGCUUGUUGCAGACUUCAGGCUAUCUGGAAAGUUUUUCAAAAACUGAAUUGUUGAUUAUAAAAAGUAUUUUAUGUAGUGUCUUUUAUUAACUUUCAAUCUAAUGUUGAAAAUGAUUACAUGACUAAUUUGUCAUGUAAUCAUUUUCAACUUUAGAUUGAAAAUUAAUAAAAGACAGUAGUAUGGAACUGCUCUAUUAAUUGGUAUAUGAUACAAAUAUUAUUGCAAAGGGUUGAAUAAUGUGAAACUUGUGAACACUGUCUAUCAUACCGGAUAUAGCCUAUACGGUAGUUUGUACAUAUUAAUAACGCAGCCCCUGUUUAGUUUAUAUUUUAAGGUGCAAAGAACAUUGAAACACUGGCGUGCUUUAUACCAUAUUCAGACCAACAACCAUUGGAUUGCUGAAUACGUCCGAUAUGACAAUUAGUCUGUUUCUUGUCUGUAUUAAUUGUUGUUUGUUAUAUGACGAAAUGAAAUUUCAGUGUGAGAUUUAUUUACUAUAUAGUAAGUGUAAAAUAUUCACAGUGUUAUAAGAAUUAAAAUCCACUAAACAUUAUCUAGACUAUAUUUUAAUUUUUAAAGAAGCUACUGAAAAUAUGUUUAAUCGCAAAUGAAAUCUAAUAUAUAUUAUAAAAAACCGUUGUACUUUGGAAUAUCUUAUUAUUAUUAUGUUAUUUAUAAUCUGAUAAAUACAGGUAAGCUUUUGGUUACUUCUCUUUAAUAUUAUGGCAUAUACCAAGAUAGUCAGGAAAAAAAAUGAUGAUUAUUUGCAUCAAGAUAAAUUUAUUCACCCCGGAAUUACAGAUAUCACGGCGCAGGGAUUUCCCUGAAAGCAUAUAUAUCAAAAUUUCUUACGACCAUUACAUAAUUUUACGUUACCAUUCUUUAAAGAAAAAAAAAGUACAAAUACAUGUUUUAUUUUAAUUGAAGUUUAAGCUUGUUACACUAUCAUAUACCACACUUAUUAUAUUGUAUAAAUACUUAUAAGAAGCAUUUCAGUAUAAAUUUCAUGUGAAUUCUAAUAGUAUUGUUACAAUGUUUUAAAAUAUUGGCACUUGCAAAAAAUAUGUAACGUAUUAUUAUGACACACUAAUUAUAUUUAUUAGACUUAGAAGAUAGUAUUUUCAAGAAUUUCAAUCUUUCAUUUCUUUCUCACUGAUUUUAUCUUCCUUUUACAAAUAGUGCACAAGUAAAUUGGUAAAUGAGUUAUAUGUAAACUAUAGCAUAUGUGACGAAUUGACUUAUAAUUUCAAAUUUUAAGAGACAACUUGUUACAUUGUAAAUUGUAUGCACUUGUAUAUUAGAACUGUUUUUGUUAAAAACGUAAGGAUACGAAUUUUAUAAAAUGUUUUUGAACAUAAGAAUAAAUUCACAAAUUAAAAAUCUAUUCUUUAGCAAA